AUGGCUACCGGCACAGAAAAGACUGAGCGUGAAGGCAGCACAAUGCACGCUGAGGAAACAAAGACGCACGAGGUUUACGAUGAGGUCCUCAGCCCAGAAGAAGACAAGCGACUGCUUCGCAAAAUUGAUAUGUGCUUGUUACCAGUAAUGGCGUUAUCGUACAUGUUCCAGUUUCUAGACAAGACUGCGCUUAACAGCACAGCCAUUUUAGGCCUUCGGGAGGACCUACAUCUUACCGGCGAGGAAUACUCCUGGUCUAGCGGCAUAUACUACUUCGGAUAUCUUGCUGCCUCGUACCCGGCCGCCGUCUUAAUGGCUAGUCUGGGGUAUAGUUCUAAUACUAACUGCAAAGCUGCUAUUGGCCCUGGCCUGACUGUCGUCGUAGCUAUGUGGUAUAAGCGGGCGGAACAGCCGCUACGCCAUGCAGCUUGGUAUCUCGGCAACACCUUCGCCGGAAUCUUUGGUGGCCUGCUAGCUAAUGCUAUAGGCCAUAUAGAUAGUAUUGCCCCCUGGAAGGCCGUGUUCUUGAUAUUCGGUGGCCUUACUAUUGCCUGGUCUUUUGUUCUUUUGUUUACUCUUCCGGAUACCCCCGGCAAGGCCUGGUUUCUAAACAGGACUGAUCGCGAAAAAGCUCUUGUUCGAGUCAAGGAGAACAUGACUGGCAUUAAAAAUAACGAGUUCAAAUGGUCCCAGUGUCUCGAGGCGCUCUUAGAUAUUAAGAGCUGUAUCCCUAAUGGUGCUGUGACGACAUUUAGUGCGAUUAUUAUUAGGGCAUUCGGCUUUAGUACUAUGAACACACUGCUCCUUACAAGCAUUAAUUAUGUCCUCCAACUAUUUCUCGUUCUAACUGCUACGAUUGGAUCUUCUUACUUCCAUAAUUCCCGAACGUACUGGAUGGCUGGUAACCUUGCUGUUGCUGUUACAGGCGCCGUUAUGGUGCGUCAACUUCCAGUGGAAAUGAAAUGGGGUCGCCUUGCAGGAAUUUGCAUGGCGGGAGGCUAUGCCGCCAAUUUCCCAUUGAUUAUGUCUCUCAUGUCGGGAAACUUCGGCGGAUUUACAAAGAAGACGACUGUUAAUGCAAUGACAAAAGGAUACUCUCCUUAUUUAUAUCUUCUGUAA